CUUACUCCUUUUUCAAUUCGCCCUUUUCUUCUAAUUGUCUUGAGGACAGCCCUGGUGGCAUAUUUCAACAUCAUAAUUUCUGUUUAUAAUCUCCCCAGUUGCGAAGAUGCGUUAUUCACUUAUUGCUACUUCCGGCCUUCUCGCCACUGCCUAUGGCCACGGACUAGUGACAAAUAUCAAGGGAGCAAAUGGAGUGGUAAUGCCUGGUCUCAGCGUUGCCGACGGCACGCCCCGGGAUUGUACCACCAACCGCUGUGGGUCACAAGCCGAUACCGCGAUCAUUAGGGACCGCGAAAUAGCAUCGGGCAAAGCAAGCGCCCUGGGCCGUACCCAAGGCAAUGGACCUAUCGACGCUGCCGUCAUGAUCCAGAACUUUAUGGGUACAGGCGCUGCUCCGACCAACAACGGCUCUGCUGCCAGUACAGGCGUGGAGGACGAUAUUCCAGGAAACGUAGCGAAGAAAAGCACCCUUCUUCCUCGUGGGCUAGGCGAUUUGCUUUCGGGGCUCACUGGUGGCCGUGCCGGUGGCAACAAAGCUAAAACCGGUCAGGGUAGCAAAAGCGAAACGCCUCAAGAAACGUUCGUCGCCGCCACUGCUGGCCAGGGUAGCACAUCCGGACUCCCCACAUGUGCUGACGACGGCUCCAUCACUAUGACAUUCCGACAGAUCAACCAGGAUGGCGCUGGCCCGAUCGAGGCGGCUGUUGACGGAACCUCGGGCGGCAAGGACCCGGACGCGUUCAAAACCGCCGAGGUGACGCAGGAUGUACCGGGCGUGGGUUUCCUAGGACUAUCGGCGGCCACCAACACCGACUUCCCCUUGACUGUGAAGAUGCCCGAGGGAAUGACGUGCGAUGCUACCGUCGGGGAUGCUCAGAACGUCUGCAUUGUCCGAGUCCGAAACAACGCGAUCGCGGGGCCGUUCGGAGGCUCGGCGGCUUUUACCCAGUCCCCUGCUGCGCGCAAGAGGGCAGUUGCUUACCGCUUGAAGAAGCGCAACAGCGUUCAGCAGAACCGCCGCCUUAGAUAAACAGCACGGAAGGCUAUCCCAUAUUAUGCGAGAUGAUGAUGGGUGUUGGAAUUUUGAUA